AGAAAAGAGACACAUAAAUUCAUAAUUAUGGACUUCGAGUUCUCAAUGGUGAACAAGACGAGCAUGAUUGUCAUCUCCGGAGCUAUAUCCAAUAGCUUAGACCGUUUUAAGAUUAGGAAACUGGAGGGACGACCUCUUUUGCUACCACUUAACGAAGAAGCUCGACCUAUGGGUGAGACGGAGCUUCAGGUGGCAAUAAGAGAGAUAAAAAGAGUGUUCAGAGUAAAAACUGAUCUGAGAGAUGCUUGUCUGGACCAAAUGAAGCAGAGUUUGAAUUCGACGAAAAAUAAUUUAACACGAGGAUAUAUUGACAGUUAUAUACGUAGAGGUAAUAAAGAGAAUGUGAUAGUAGUAUGGAACGGACAUUCGGACAAAAAUAUUUUAAAAAUAUUAGAUUUAGACCAUUAUCCGAUGUUAAACAUAACGUGCCACGAUAAGUAUUUUAAUAAAAAUUUCUAUAUUCAGUUUGAAAAAUUAGGCAAUAAGGAAAUAAUUUUCGAAGUAGAUAUCGGUACAUAUAAUAAAACAGGAAGGCUACUUAAUUUAGUAGAGACCCAUGAUAUAAUAUGUAAAAAGAAACACCAUACUACGUAUGCGCAUGAUCCGAGAAUGGAUGUCAAGUAUACUAAAUGUAUAUUUGAUUAUGUGAUACGGAAACAGCGAUAUGAAAAUUUAAUAAAACAUUUCUAA